AUGUCUGACGUAUUUCGUAAAGUUGGCCGAGGCGGGGCAGGCAACUUCUACUCGAAGAAGGACGUCGAGGACGCCGAGAAGGCCAAGUCAGAGGACGUCGAGGCGCAAAAGGACGCUGCCUCUGCCACUGCCGCCAGUCCAACAUCGCCCACCACCACAUCAUCGGCGUACGCCCGCGCCGGUCGCGGUGGGGCGGGUAACUUCCACGAUAGCUCCUCGCUCCCCGACGCCAAGCAGCAGCAGGAGGUCGCUGGCAAGACUCGGGCUGCAGUUAACGCAAGCCUGGCGCGAUCGACGAGGGGCGCUUCGGGGCGUGGCGGCGCGGGCAACUACGGCGACUCGACUGUGCCCGGGAGCGAUACGACCGACGAAGAGGUCAGGCGCAAGGAGGCGUUGGAGAAGAAGAUUAUCGAAGACGUCGAGGCCGAGCUUCCCAUGCCGCCAAAAACCUACUACCAUCCUUCUACAAAGGAGAGCAAGCAGGUCGCUUGA